CUCUAAGAAGAAAAAUAAAGUCAAAAAUACCUAAUCUAAGAAAUGAUUACACCUUUAUCAUAUUUUCAAAUAGUUACUUACCUCUUUUAUAUAUACAAAUACAAUUCACUUUCCACAAAUGUAAUCCUCAGCGAUUUAUUACCCUAAAUCACUUAAACAUAACAAAAAGUACAUUUUAUAUAUAGUCUCAUUUAUAUAACACUAUUCACUUUUCACCCAUGUGAGUCUUUUCUCUCUUGCUAUUGUGUAGAUUUGUUGUUAAUUCUCUCUCUCUCUCUCUCUCUCUCUCUCUCUCUCUCUCUCUCUCUCUCUCUCUCUCUCUCUCUCUCUCUCUCUCUCUCUCUCUCUCUCUCUCUCUCUCUCUCUCUCUCUCUCUCUCUCUUAAAGUUAUUACCAUUACCCUAAAUUCCUUUCAAACCAAACAUAUUUCAAGAAACACAAAAAGAGAAAAGAUGCCUCAAAGAAACAAUGUAAUAGGUUGCAUAAAUUUCAUUGCCCUCCUCCUCUCAAUCCCGGUCAUCAGCGCCGGAAUCUGGCUCACCGUGGGAACAGUGAAGUCAUGUGUCACGCUCCUUCAAUGGCCAAUAAUAAUCCUCGGAAUCUUGAUCCUCCUAGUGGGUCUUGCUGGUCUCAUUGGAGGGUUCUGGAGAAUCGCUUGGCUUCUCGUUGUUUACUUAAUUGCAAUGCUUGUUCUCAUUGUACUUUUAAGUGUUCUUAUCGGAUUUAUUUACAUGGUUACCAUGAAAGGAUCUGGUCAUCCAGAACCAAGUAGAGCUUAUCUUGAGUAUAGUCUUCAAGACUUCUCUGGUUACUUACGUCAAAAAGUUCAGAAAUCUUACAAAUGGGAUAGGAUUAGUACUUGUUUGAGUGCUACUAACAUUUGUCCUGAACUAAACCAGACAUUCACUAUCGCUCAGGAUUUCUUCAAUGCUCCUCUUAGUCCCAUUCAAUCUGGUUGCUGCAAGCCCCCAACAAAAUGUGGCUUCCAGUUCAUUAGCCCUACUAACUGGAUAGGUGCAAUAAAUAUGUCCGCAGACAUGGAUUGUCUACAAUGGAGCAAUGUGGAAAACACUUUGUGCUAUUGGUGUGACUCUUGCAAAGCCGGUUUGCUCGCAAACCUCAAGGUAGAUUGGUUAAAAGCGGAUAUCGUUCUUCUUUCAGCGCUGAUCGGUUUAAUAACCGUUUAUAUAAUCGGCUGCUGCGCUUACCGAAAUACUAAAACUGAGGAUAUUUUCAGAAAGUAUAAGCAGGGGUAUAGUUAUACAUGAUCGAGAUGAGAAGUUUAGUGGCAAAACUGUGGUGAAAUUUCUUAAAUUAUUGGAUUUCCUGUAAUUUAGUUUCUUUUACGUUUUGGCCAUUGUGGUCUUCUUUUUUUAUAUAUAUAUGCACUAGUAGAACAUUUGAUUUUAACUGGAUAAUGUUUUGUAUCUCUCUUUGGUUUGAGUUUGCAAGAACAUUUGUUAAAAGUUUA